UUAUUUAACUCCGCCCCCCUCAAAAGCAGCUGCAUUUCCUACUUUUAUACCGUCUAUAUGUUUGAUUUGCACAGCUCAUCUGGCCAGAAGAGCUGAAACAUCCGUUCCCCUACAAGAAAGUCUCCCAGGGUGGAACAAGAUGGAUUACCAAGUGUCAAGUCCAAUCUAUGACAUCGAUUAUGGUCCAUCGGAGCCCUGCCGAAAAAUCGACGUGAAGCAAAUGGGAGCCCAGCUCCUGCCUCCACUCUACUCGCUGGUGUUCCUCUUUGGCUUUGUGGGUAACAUGCUGGUCGUCCUCAUUCUGAUAAACUGCAAAAGGCUGAAGAGCAUGACUGACAUCUACCUGCUCAACUUGGCCAUCUCUGACCUGCUUUUCCUUUUUACCAUCCCCUUCUGGGCUCACUAUGCUGCAGGCCAGUGGGACUUUGGAAAUACAAUGUGUCAAUUCUUGACAGCACUCUAUUUUAUAGGCUUCUUCUCUGGAAUCUUCUUCAUCAUCCUCCUGACAAUCGAUAGGUACCUGGCUAUCGUCCAUGCUGUGUUUGCUUUAAAAGCCAGGACGGUCACGUUUGGGGUGGUGACAAGUGUGAUCACUUGGGUGGUGGCUGUAUUUGCCUCUCUCCCAGGAAUCAUCUUCACCAGGUCUCAAAAAGAAGGUUAUCAUUACAGCUGUAGCCCUCAUUUUCCAUUCAGUCAGUAUCGAUUCUGGAAGAAUUUCGAGACAUUAAAGAUGGUCAUCUUGGGGCUGGUCCUGCCGCUGCUCGUCAUGGUCAUCUGCUACUCGGGAAUCCUUAAAACCCUGCUUCGGUGUCGAAAUGAGAAGAAGAGGCACAGGGCUGUGAGGCUCAUCUUCACCAUCAUGAUUGUUUAUUUUCUCUUCUGGGCUCCCUACAACAUUGUCCUUCUCAUAAACACCUACCCGGAUUUCUUUGGCGUGAAUAAUUGCAAUAGCUCUAACAGGUUGGACCAAGCCAUGCAGGUGACAGAGACUCUUGGGAUGACACAUUGCUGUGUCAACCCCAUCAUCUAUGCCUUUGUUGGGGAGAAGUUUAGAAACUACCUCGUGAUCUUCUUCCAAAAGCACAUUGCCAAGCGCUUCUGCAAAUGCUGUUCCAUAUUCCAGAAAGAGGCUCCCGAGCGAGCAAACUCAGUUUACACCCGAUCCACCGGGGAGCAGGAAAUAUCUGUGGGCUUGUGACCCAGACUCAAGGGUGCUGGUGACAGUCAGAGUUGUGCACGUGACUUGGUUUUGAUACACAGCCUGGGCUGGGGGUGGGGUGGGAGAGGUCCUUUUUAAAAGGAAGUUACCGUCAUAGAAGGUCUAAGAUUCAUCAAUCUAUCUGGCAUCUGUUUAAAGUAGAUUAGCUGUUUUAAGCCCAUCAAUUCUAGGAAGCCAAAUCAAAAUAUGUCGAUGAAAAAUAGCAACCUUUUUAUCUCCCCUCCAUAUGCCUCAAGUUAUUGACAAACUCUCCCUUCACUCCAAAAAUUUCUUAUACAUAUAAUAAAAAGAAAGCCUCAGAGAAUUGCUGAUUCUUGAAUUUAGUGACCUGAAUAGAAAUUCCAAAAUUAAUCGAGAAAUGUACAACUUUUUACCUUGUACAAGGCAACAUACAGGUGGUAAACGUGUUUAAAACAGGUCUUUGUCUUGCUGUAGGGAGAAAAGACAUGAAUAUGAUCAGUUAAGAAAUGACACCUUUUAUGUCUGAUUUCCCCUCCAAGGUAUGGUUAAUAAGUUUCACCAACUUUUAGAACCAGGCAAGGACCCUGGGGCCUGGGAGAGCUGGGGAAGCUUCUUCAGUGAGAAGGAAUUUGAGUUGGAUCCUCUAUUGCUGGGGGAGAGAGAAGCCUCACUGCAGGUACUGCAUGGGCAAGCUUGGCUGUAGAAGGAGACAGGACUGGUUAGGAAGGCUCUGGGGAGGGGAAAGGACAAGGCUAGAUUGUGAGGAACUUUGACAGCAUUGUUCCAUCUAAGUCAUGAGCAGAGCAGAGAGCAUCCUGGUCGGUGUUGCAGUAGGAUUAUUCUAUGGCCAAAGGAGGACCAGGAAGGGUGAGCAUUUAGGGCAAGGAAACCAGCAAAAGCCCUCAGGUCAGGGUGAGGAUGGAAGGAGGGAGGUAUUCGUGCAGCAUAAGGGGAUGCAGAGUCAGCAGAACUGGGGUGGAUUUGGGUUGGAGGUGAGGGAUAGAGGAGCCAGAGAGAAGCCCUAACCUUCAAGCAGAUUGGAAAAGCCUCUGAAAAAAAUCAAGCACAGAAGGAAGAGGAGGAGGGUUAGGUCAGGAAGAAGAGCAGUUGGUGUAAAAGGACAGGUCUGGUUUACAGAGCUUGAACAUAGUCUCACACAGACUUCAGGCUGUCUUUCACUGAAUGCUUCUGACUUCAGAGAGCUCCUUCUCAUCACAGCUCAAAUAAUGAGGGGGUCUCCAGCAGGAGACUAGAUUAAUGAAUACAUGAGGUGUGAGGUCUAGGAACAUACUUCAGAUCACACAUGAAGUCUAGGUGAGGAUUGAUUACCUAGUAGUCAUUUCAUGGGUUGUUGGGAGGAUUCUAUGAGGCAACCACAGGCAGCAUUUAGAACAUACUACACACUCAAUAAGCAUGAAACUCUUAGUUACUCAUUCAGGGAUAGCGCUGAGCAAAGCAUCAAGCAAAGAGAUCCCACAGAGGUGAGGGAAGCCUGAAAAACUAAGAUGCUGCCUGCCCAGGCGCACCAUUUUCUGCAUUUAACCAUCAACAGGCAAAGGGGGAAAGGGACAUAUUCAUUUGGAAACAAGCUGACUUGAGCCUUAAAAGCCACAAAAAGUACAAUUUACCAGCCUCCAUAUUUCAAGCUGAAUGGGGGUUGGGGAGGCACUUUAGGUGUUCAUUCCAGAUGCCUUCUCCAGAUAAACCGUCCCCAGACGCUAAAGGGUGGAUUCAUUUCAAAGGGAGAGAGAGAUUUUUUUUCUGUUGCUUCUCAUGUGAUUGUGCACAUAUUUUUGAAUUUUUUUUUAAUUUGGGGGAUGCCUAAGACCUUCAUAGUACAGGCAAGGUGAGGAAACAGAAAGAGGUGAGAAUCACUCAGGGAAUGAAGGUGUCACAAUAACAAGAGGUGUCACUGACUUUUCUCAGCCUCUGAAUAUGAAAGGGGAGCAUUGUGGCCGUCAGCAGAAAGCAAUGAAGGGAAAUGCCUUUCCUUUUGCUCUUAAGUUGUGGAGAGUGCAUGAGUAGCAUAGGACCCUAGCCUCUGGGCCAAGUCAAAGACAUUCUGACAUCUUAGUACUUGUAUAUUCUCAUGUAUAUGAAAAGUUACGAAUUGCUUGAAAGAAAAUAUGCAUCUAAUAAAAAACUACUUUCUAAAA